UUAAGGGUUCAAGUUACUGCCAUGAAAAAUCUCGUUUCUUGAGAAAAAGAAAAAGACAAAAAUGUGGAGCUUGGAAUAUAAGGAAAAUUUGGUUUCUUUGAUUCCAGAGAAGCUUUGAUGGGGUCAUAAGAAAGACUCAUUUGUACUAGUCUACUGUUGAUCAAACUCGGAAGCAUCCCACCUUUCAUUCUUCAAGUGCAAAAUUGGUAUUUUUUAAGGUUGGUUUAGAUUGUUUUGAGAGUCUGUAUUCCAUCCAGUGAUUUUCCAAGAUAUUCUCAAAAGUCUUAAAGUGGUUAAGAGUUUUGAGUUCUAGUGCAGUUUAUGAUCAGAAGCAGUUUGCCUGGUUAGCUGGAUUACAAGGAUUUCUUCCUUUUGAUAAACCUAAGGUUUAUGACCCUUAAAAGUCAUAAUUUCUUCAGAGAGGCAUCCUAGUCUCCUUCUUGCCAUAUAAUUGACUAGAAAGGUUCUGAUGCAAGGUAGAUUCCAUCAAAUGACAGAAACAAGGGAAGCUCAGGCUAUCAUUCUUUUUUAAAACUGGGACUGGUCAGACAACUUGAAUUCAUACUGAUCUCACGUAGUUCAAAGUUCAAAGGAGUGUGUGAGAAAGGAUCUCAUGGAGACUGAAGGAAGGAGUUAUUCAGACAUCUAUAGGAACACAAGUGAAGAGUUGUUCUUGAAGUCCUUGAUGGAGACAUCAGUUGGUAUGCCAGUGCAAACAAUGGAAAUGUUGGGUUUUAAAAAUCUCUCACAAAAUUUUCGUACGGACAGUGAGGAUCUCUUUAAAUGCUGGCUUGCAAAUGGAGAGAAUCAUGGCCAUAACUCAGCUGGCACAGAGUAUCGAAAUCGACAAGCAUCACGAAGGAUCUCUAGAGAGCUAGCCAGCUUAUCCAGUCAGCAACUGGGGGGUGUGCUUCAGAAGAAAGGAAGUAACGAUAAUUUAUUCCCGCAAAUUACUCCCGCAACUGAUGAACAGUUGGAUGAUCUCAAUCAAAAUUCCAUCAGGAAUGUGGCUGAGAAAGGGCUGCAAGCUAGUAAUCUCUAUUUUGCUAAGGCAUGGUUUAACAGUUCUCAACCCAUGACAAGAAGCCGAUCCUCUGAACUACGGAGGAGAUAUGCUGCAAUGCAGAACUUUAAUGUUUCCGGACCCGGUAUCAGCAAUUUGAAACAGGAAUUUACAAAUCCAACCGGACUUGGUAGCAUUUCAAUGUGUGAGGUUACCAACCAGUUCUGCUCAUUUAUACCUCCAUCCAAUUCAUCCUUGUCUACUUUCAACACACCUCCUAUUGAUAAUGUAGACAAAGUUUCCUCUGUUGUGAGCAUGCUGAAAGACACAUUAGAGCGCAAGAAGCUUACCAGUCCUAUUGAAAGAGGAGCUGCUGAAGAUAGCUCCGUUGGACUUUAUGGUGCUCAAGAAGUUCUAGGCGACACAAGUUUGAAUCAAGGACAAGGAGAUUGUAUUCGUGAGGCACCUAGAACAUUUCAAGAUAUAAUAUCUGUUCAAGCUAAUUAUCCUGGAGUUUUACAAACAGUUGAAAGGUCCUUGGGUAUGGACUUAGAAGGUUUUCUAUCUAAUACAAAUCCAAUGCAGAUGAACAUGGUAUCUCGAGAACCUUCUCCAAGUGAAUCUUCUGCUGCUGCACCAGUGGUCUCAACUGGGUUUGAUCCAUGUGAUGGACCUAGCAAUUCAGGUUAUACUAUGAGUGAAAGCUCCAGGAAACAAAUUGGAAAUGGAAGUUCAGAAAGUGGUUCCAAAGCCAGAAACAUAAGGGAACGCAUAUAUGACAACUUGAAGGAUGAUCAAAAGCAGAAAAGAAGUCUUGUUCGAUAUGGAUCUAUUACAUCAUCUUCUAUUUCAGUGGAGAAAGCUGAUCCUACAAAGAAGCGUAGGGUGGAGCGAUCUCGGAAAAUGGCAGAGGCAAAGGAAAGAAAUCUGACACCAUCAGUUCCCUCGGACGUGCAGUCCAUUUUGAAGCGGUGUGAUAAUCUUGAGAAGGAAGUGCGAUCACUCAAACUUAACUUGGCCUUCAUGAAUAGAAAGGAUUCUGAACAGACCAAGCAGAUAGAAGAGCUUCAAAAGGAGAACACUGAGUUGACAAAAGAGAAAGAGCUUCUUCUAGUGGAGAUUGAAAGGAUUAUUGGGGAAACUGAGAAUAUGUGAAACCUUAUAUUUCUUUAUAUGUUUCCAUGCCAUGCCCACAAUGACUAGUGAUGCUACUAUGGAAUCAAUUUGGAGAGCCAAGCCUCCAUGGCAGCCCCUGGAAUGUUUGAAUUGCCGGUUUGGUUCUUGAAGGAAAUUCAAUCUUAACUCACAAGUGAAUCGAAAAAUGCAAAUGCUACCCUUCUUCUUGUCCAACUAAGGGUGGGUUGCUACUCUUUGUUGAUGCUCUUGUAACUCCUGUUAGUGCCCUGUAUUCAAUACUGUGGUUAUUGUAUUUCUCAUGACAUAACAAUGAAACAAUGAUGACUACUACGAAACACCGUGAGCUGGCUUUCAAAUAGUGAGCUUUGUUAGUAACAAUUGUAACAUUUCAAAUUGUUCAACUAAUUGAGAGGAUGAAA